AUGUCCGGUGGAGCUAUGAGCUGCUCUUGGUCGGUAAUGGCGUCACUGUGCCCUCUCCACAUCUUAUCGGCCGCCCCACUUCAACCCUCACCCCGUCGACUCCAUCUAUCCACCACGAGGAAUUCCAUCACCAUCAUCGCCAUCACCGUUUUCUGCAUCAAGUACGUUGUAGUCUCGAGGCCAUCAUUUAAACUCGCUGGUUAUCGCAGUAGACCAAACAGGGACUUCAAACAAACAGGGACUACAAGCUCAGUUGCGGCUCUAUCAGCCACACGAUAUGUGCUCUUGACUGAUAUGCAGCAAUCGCAAUGGACGCUCCGAUCUCUUCAGGGGCCUCGUGGUUUAUAUCCCUCCUCUCCUUGGUUGCCAUCCGUACACUCGCAGCACCUGCACCAAUCCUGCAUGUCAAAAUGUUUCACGCCGUCAUACGCUCCUGUCAUCGCUUGUUUGCUACCAUCCUUGUCCUUUCUCGUUGACUGUCUGUCUAAGAGACAUGUCAUUCCUCUUCACAUGAUAUUUUUUGCUUCUUAG